AAAUAUUUCUCCUGUCUUCUAACCUUGAUAUCAUUUCCAAUGUUCAUUACAAAAAGCACUGGGAAUACAAAUGAAGUUGAAAUACAAACAAGACUUGGCAACGUUAUAGGGCGACAAGAGUAUUCCAACAUGAUAACACAGACAGUUUAUAAAUUUCUCGAUAUACCUUACGGUAAAGCACCGAUUGGCAACCUACGCUUUCAAAAACCCAUCCCCUUUGGAGCAUGGUCCAACACACUAAACGCAACGACAUUAGGUCCUGCUUGCCAUCAAUCCAAAAACCAACCAUUUCAAUAUCCAGGAUUCACAGAAGACUGUCUCAAGUUGAAUAUUUAUGUCCCACGUGAUGUGAAUUCCUCGAAUAACAAGUCCGUUAUGGUUUGGUUUCAUGGUGGUGGAUUUAUAAAUGGUGCUGGGAAUUUAUACGAUGGCGGCAUGCUUUCUCUAACAGGAAAUGUUAUAGUAGUGACGAUUAACUAUCGAUUGGGAAUUUUAGGAUUUUUGGCUUCAAAGAACAACAAGGCGAAAGGGAAUGCAGGAUUGUGGGAUCAAAAACUUGCCCUCACUUGGAUCAAGUAUAAUAUUAAAGAUUAUGGCGGCAAUCCAAACGAUGUAACAAUAUUUGGCGAGUCUGCGGGGGGUAUGAGUGUUUCGUUACAAUCUUUAAUACCCAGCAACAGAGGUUUGUUCAAUAAAGUGAUUGCUCAAAGUGGAAUUGCCAAUUCUUUUCUCACGAUUUCGAAUGAUACAUUAUUUUCUACAAUUGCUGUUGGUAAGAAAGUUGGCUGUGCAUACAAUUUUCACUCGGUAAAUGAUCAUAACUUUAUCGAAUGUUUACAAGCUGCCGACGCAAAUGACCUUAUUCGAGCUACAGAUAUAUUUCAGACGGAAUUGGGAUUAAAUAUUCUAACCAAUCUCCCAUUUACACCUAUAGUGGAUGGUGAACUCUUUCACAAGAGUCCUAUUCGUUUACUGAAGGACAGAACAUCAUCAGAAUUCAACUUUUUUCAAUCGUUAGACAUGAUGAUAGGAACCUGUGAUAAUGACGGCUCUCUUGCACUGAGCUUUUUACCUGGAUAUGAAAGAAAACUGAAUUUCAAUUUCAGUGAAGGCCUUCCCACACAUGAGAUGUGUCAUACUCUUAUACCCGUGUUUUCAAAAUCAUUAUUCAACAGCAAUGGUGAAGUAUCAAAUGCAAUUUGCAAGAAGUAUACCGUAUUACACAACAUUGAAGAACAAGGUCUGGAAUUUGUACACAUGUACGGCGAUGCUACAUUUAUUGCUCCGUGUAUUCUUGCUCUAAGUUAUCAUUCCAAUAAUAUUCAGAGGGCAACAACAUAUCAGUACGUGUUUUCUGAAGAAAUGGCGUCGAUGAAUCCUGAUUUACCUUGGUAUCGGGGUUCUGCACAUGGAAGCGAUAUCUCGUACAUGUUCUUGUUUGAACAAUUGAAGACAACAUCAAACUUCACGGAAGGUGCUCGGAUUUUAGUGGACCAAAUGAGAAAAUAUUGGACCAACUUUGCUAAAACAGGGAACCCCAAUGGACCAGGUUUGCCGGAAUGGAAAUCAUUUGAUUUCGGUUCGUCACAUCCAUACAUGAAUUUGCAAUCUAUGAAUACCACAUUAAGAACGAAUUACAGGAAGACAUAUACGGACUUCUGGAAUCAGGAUUUGCCCAACAUUUUGAGACAUGGAUGUAACCAACAGACCUGUGCCAUACCAGUUGUAGGUUAAUGGAUGAGAAUUAAAGAAAAUAAUA